AUGUCGGGCGAGGCGUGGUUAUACCUGCUCGCCGUCCUAAUAAAUGCCGUCAAUCUCUUCCUGCAAGUUUUCUUCACGAUCAUGUACAGCGAUCUCGAGUGUGACUAUAUCAACCCGAUUGACCUCUGCAACCGUCUCAACACCUACAUUGUUCCCGAAGCCGCCGUUCAUGCCUUCUUGACGUUCCUCUUCCUGAUUAACGGAUACUGGUUGGCGCUACUGUUGAAUCUGCCGCUUCUGGCUUUCAAUGCGAAAAAGAUCAUCGAGAACCAGCAUCUGCUUGACGCCACCGAGAUCUUCCGAAAAUUGAACGUUCAUAAAAAGGCAGGUCCAGGCUCCGAGUUGGAUGAGACGUUCCAUUACUAA